AUGGAUCAUUCACACAAAGCUGCCAGCACGCCCUCUAUGCCAGCUCCUUCGAGUCAAGUCGAGUCCACCAUGAAACGUAACAAGUCCAGUAGAGCUUGCAAGGAAUGUCGACGUAAAAAGAUCAAGUGUAAUGGAGAGAACCCUUGCGAUCGCUGUCAACGAGCAGGGCAAACGUGCGUAUUCGACGCAAUAUUCACUUCCAAGAGACCAACACAGCAUAAUUCACGGUUGAGCCCGCCAUCUUCAAUCAUAAGCACCAAGGUCGACAAAGAAAACCAGUGCUAUAAGGCAUCAUUUCUAUCACAUGAGUAUCAGUUGGGCGAUGACAGCGCCAUCUCAGUUAAUGCAGCUGGGCGACCCUUCUAUUUCCCGGAUUGGACACGCCAACCUAAUGCACCAAUUACAACCGCAACAAAUUGGGACACCACGCUCAUCAACUUGUACUUUGAUUCCAUUCAUCCCUUAUUUCCAAUUUUUCAUCGUGCAACUUUCCAUGUCCAACUACAACAAGGAAACAUCCCAAAGCUACUUUUAAACGCCAUCUACGCUGUGGCAUAUCUCUGCUACCAGUCAACGGAGCUCCAACAACAUCUAACAACGAUGGGAUUUACUUGCUAUGAAUCAGCAUUUUCUUUAUUGGAUGAAUCCCUGGAUAUGCCGCGUUUAUCCACAGUACAGGCACUGUUGUUGAUGGUGAAAUUCCAAGAACAUGCUCGACCACCAGGUUAUCAGUUUCGGAUACAGCUGCUUAUUGACAUGGCCUAUCGCACGUGUCAAAGUCUCAAUUUAUCACAUCGAUGGCAUCAAGAUCCCGUACACGCCGAAGUGGGCAUUCGUGUUUUUGGGGCUGUUUACGCAUACAUGAUAUUGUUCAGUAUUGAACAAGGCACCCCUCCUCCUCUCCAUGAUAUCGACUUGCCUAUUUUGUUACCGGAUGAACAUCAACAACAACCCAUAGACGCUGAAGCCAUCACCAGCUUUUUUACGCAAUGCCAAAUUAUCCAGCUUCAAGGCAAGAUUGCAAGUUUUUUGCGAGUCAAAUACGGGAAAGAAUCGAAUGAAGAAAUGACUUUGAAUGAGGAAUCAAAGCUACACAAACACCUCACAGAAUGUCUCGACCGUAUACAACAACGGCAUAGCAACAAUAUCCAUACCACGGCAAAAAGCAACAUCCAUGAAAAGGCAUCCAUGCUUAUGGCUCACAAUGUUCGCUGGUUACAAAUAUCACUCCACUUCACUACCAUCUUGUUACAUCGACCUUAUGCGACGAGUGAUUUGAAGGUUCGAGAAAAGUGUGUGGUUGCCGCAUCAACAUUGUGUCAAUUAGUGGAUGAUUUGAUCAAGUCCACAAGCAACGAAGCAGUUACGUUGUUUGGAAUACCACGUGGACUACAGCAAUUGAUACAUUGUAUGGCAGCAAGCGUUACGAUCCAUCGACUUGUUCAAUCAUGUGAGGGGAAGAAGAAACGGGGCAACAGCAACAAAUCCUCCAAACAAGUGGACAAGGCCUUGGAUGUCAUCCAUACCCUAUUGAAAUCGCAUAACAAGAAUAUUGCUCUUGACGACCAGGCACCCAAGAUUAGCCAACAGCAUUCACAUUAUCGAUACUCAGCUCCAUCCAUGAUGCAACACUAUUCAACAACGUUGACGUCAGGCCACCAGCAGCAGCAACAACCAUGUACCUUUGAUGCCGUCAAUGGCUUGCCACCCACGACAACACAAUGGCUCUCAUCAAAAAAGUCUUCCAAAAUUGACACAAGCACGAUGCAGCAAUAUGAUGAAAUGCUUCUUGCAGCACCAUCUGAUGUAUCCACCUUAGGCGACCAUGAUGAUGACCCUAUGUCAAUUGAUAAACAACAGCAUAGCAUUUUGGAUUUCACAUGA